CGUCGCCGCCGCCGCCACUCUCCUCCUAGCUCCUUAUUGUCCUCCUCGGCCUCUCUCUCUCCUCUUGGCUCCUGGGGCCCUCUUGGGCUCGAGUGGCCACCUGGUCCUGCUGUGUUCUUUGGCCACUUUGUCUUCUGUUGGUUUCUGUGUCCUCUUGGGGGUCCCCCUGUGUUCUCUUUUAGCCUUCUGUGUUAUCUUGGCCCCCUCAGUGUUUUCUUGGCUCCAGUGUCCUCUUGGCCUCCUAUGCUCUCUUUAUUCCCCUGUGUCCUCUAGUCAGCCUGCAUUCUUUUGGCCUCCUGUGCUCUCUUUAUCCCUCUCGUGUCCUCUAGUCAUCCUGCAUUCUCUUGGCCCCCUGUGUUUUCUUGGCCACCCUUCAUUCUCCUGGCCCCCUUGUGUUCUCUUGGCCCUUCCCGCAUUCUCCUGGUCCCCUCCUGCAUUCUCUUGGCCUCGCUGCAAUGAUCUUAUUCCCCCUGUGUCCUCUUGGCUUUCCUGUGUUCUCAUGUUCCCCAGGGCCCCUGUGUCCUCAACCAUGAUCUGUCAUAAUGACUGAUUAAUUUUUAGAUACUUUUAGUAAUUCCUUUAAAUACUCACACUAUGAAAUACAUCCAUAAGAUUUAGAAAUACUGUACAUUAUGCCAUGAUAGGUACCUCAUACUUGCUGAAUUGCGCUUAAUGGAGUUGAGGUUGUUAUUUGGUCCCAUCUCUUGAUCUUCAAUGAACAUAAUAAAGGGAACUGCAAAAGACCUAUUGGGCCAUGCAAAUACAUCUAUUUAAACUCCAAGCUCAAAUAUGUCUUGACCCCUGCUUGAAACCGUCAAGUGGUCCCACAUCUAUUAUAUUGAUGAUCUGUUCCAUAAAUCAACAUUGCAUUUGGACAGUCAUAUUUACAUUUGAAGCUGUGUAUGGAACUGACUCCACUACUUACCCGAGUGCAUGCCAUUUGUGUACUGUUUGAACGUGAGAAAUUCUUUUUCAUGUUGCCUGUACUGUGACUUGUAUGUGUAUUGGUUUCCACUUUGUAUACCCCUCUCUUUCUCAAGACGUUUGUAUGCUGUAAUAUUGUAUCUUUCUCUAAAUCCCCUUGUCUUCCACUGCUGUGAGGCUUAAUUGUGUUUCCUCAGAAUCAUUCCUCUAAGCUCUGGUACUUGUCAAGUGACAUACAUUAAUUCAAUGUUCUACUACUAUUACUUUUUGUAUAUAACAAGGCCUCCAUGCUUUUGGCAUAUGACAUGAUGGGUCUGUCAUGUGAUGUAUAAAAGACUUCACUCCUGGAAAUAGUUGGCCAUGGAUGAUAGGCAGACUGACAAUAUGGAAGUUGAUCCUCCUGAAAAAAAAUCUGAAGAGAAUUUUGACAAACAAGAGAACACGGGCAGUACCAUGGAGGACGAUGUUUCCAGUGAGAAGAAAGAUAAGAUAAAAGAUGAUAAAGCCGAUGAUGAUCCAAGUUGUGAAAAAGAUAUUGAAGCAGAUGUUGAUCAGUGUUGUGAAAAAGAUUUUGUGGUAAUGAAUGACUGUACUGCAGAAUUAAAUAACACUUUUGAUGCGAGUACUGAGGAAACCGAGGACCCAAUUAAUGUAGCAAUCGAUGAAGGUACUGUAAAUAUUGAUCCACUUAUAUCAGAAAGUGAAAGCAAUCUUUUUAAUAAGGAAGUGAAUGAGAGUGAUAUCUUAUGUAAUUCAGAUAGUUUUCCAGAUAAGGAUCAUGCAUCUGAGGUUGAAGUAGAUAAAGAUGGCAAGUCAACAGAUUCUUCUGUCGAAACAACCACUACUAAAAUCGAUAAAUCACAACAUGAAAACACUCCUACAGCUGAUGUGGGAGAAAAAAGUGCCGAGACUGCACAAACUACUGAUACUCUUAAAAAUGUUUCUGAAAAUAUUACUAGCACUAAUGUGACAGAAAAAGAAAGAACUAAGACUUCACUAACUAAUAUUAUUAGCCAAUCAUCUGUCUGUAUUUUGGAUGCUAAUGGAAUUGAGGAGGAUAAAGUUACUGAAGAAUGUGAAGUAAUGGAUACUAAUGCACGUGAGGAGGAUACAUUUCCUGGAGAAUGUGAGGUAAUAGAUGCUAAUGCAUCUGAGGACACAGUUCCCAAAGAAAAUGAAGCCAUGGAUGAUAAUACAUCGGAGAAGGAUACGUUUACUGAAGAAUGUGAAGUUAUGGAUACUAAUGCAUCUGAGAAGGACACGGUUACCAAAGAAAGUGUAGUGGAUGCUGGUACAUCUGAGGACGCAGUUGCUAAAGAGAAUGAAGUAGUGGAUGCUGGAGCAUCAGAAAAGGACACAGUUGAUAAAGAAAGUGAAGUAGUGGAUGUUGGUGCAUCAAAAAAGGACUCUGUUACAAAGGAAAUUGAAGUAGUGGAUGCUGGUUCAUCAGAAAAGGACACAGUUACUAAAGAAAGUGAAGUAGUGGAUGCUGGUGCAUCAGAAAAGGACACCGUUACUAAAGAAAGUGAUGUAGUGGAUGCUGGUUCAUCAGAAAAGGACACAGUUACUAAAGAAAGUGACAUAGUGAACGCUGGUGCAUCAGAAAAGGACACGGUUCCAAAAGAAAGUGAAGUAGUGGAUGCUGGUUCAUCAGAAAAGGACACAGUUACUAAAGAAAGUGAAGUAGUGGGUGCUAGUUCAUUAGAUAAGGACACAGUUAGUGAAGAAUGGGAAGUAGUCGAUGUUAGUGCAUCUGAGAAGGACACAACUACUGAAGAAUGUGAAGUAAUGGAGGUAGAUGAGGAAAGUGAUAAAAUUAAAAGUAACAAAAACAUAGAUAACAGCAAGAGUAAAAAAGUUGAUUGUGAAGAGGACAUUGUUGAAGUUCCAGUAUACAAAAAGCCAGCAGUAGUUGUAGAUUUAGCUAAUGACGAAGAUACUGAUGAUAAAAACACUUGUGAUAAAAGUAAUAACGAAGAAUCUAACACGGAAGGAAAUGGAAGACGAAUUAAGCUUAGGUCAUUGGCCUCUUUAGUAGAUACUCCUAACGAAGAUCAUUCAAAUUCUCUUAGUUUAUAUCCAGAUGCCCCAGCAAUUGGAGAAAUAGUUGAACAUGGUGUUAUUAUAGGAUCUAACGAAAUGGGAGGGUUACAGUUGCGAAUCUCAAAUGUUGUGGGUGGAGAAGACUGCAUAACUGGCCUAACUAUGGAUGAAGACAGAGAUACAUUUUCUAAUAUUCAAAUUUCAUCAGUGACAACACUUAUGGAUCCUAUGAGUCCAGAAGAUCCCAAUCAAAACAAAGACGAAACUAGUACAAAAUCCACUGAUAAAGAAAAAGAUUCCGCUAAUACAGAAGCAUCAAAAGAGACUUGUGUUAGUGCUGCUGACAAACCUAGUGAUUCAAGUAUCGGUUCCCCAAAAGACACAAUAGAGGAAACCACCAAUGAUGCAAUUCAGAUUGUUAACUCUGAAAGUCUUACCUCAAAAGGUGCUAAUGCAAAAGAUGGAGAAAAAUCAUCUGAAUCUACAGGCCCAACAAUUCGUCUUAGUAGUGCUGUUGCGGCAAUUGCUAAAGACACCGAAACCAGUGAUGAGGCAGCUAGCCAGCCAAAGUUUGUGUUUCAUGUGCUGCGAAGUAUACUCACUGUGAAUCGGGAAUGUAGUGUGUGCGCCAAGAAUGUUCAGUGUGAAUUUCGUAUCACUAAGAAGAAUACAAGUGGAACUUGGGCAUUCCUCUGUAGUUCAGAAUGUCGAACACAGUGGACUUCAUCCCUUCCACCUGAUCAUGCGGUAGAAAAACCUCGCUUGAUAUUUGAAAAGAUGUGUGGAAUGUGUGGGAAAGACUUGGUCAAUGUUUCUCGUAGUGGGCAGUACUCUUGGGAGACCAGAGAAUUUUGCAGCAAAGCAUGUUUGACUUCACAUCUCCAUGAAGUAGCCGGAGAAUGUCACACGUGUCGGGAAAAAGUGAGACCCAUGUUCAUUGGGAAAUACUGUGUGCGGUUUGGCUCGGAUAUUCACCAAUUCUGCUCUAAUGCCUGCUUGGAGAGAUACAAGACCAAGAUCAAAGUGUGCUGUUACUGUCAAAAAAAUCUUGAAAAAGUACAAAAAGUUUCUUCAUUGGCAAAUAAAGAGUAUUGCAGUAUGAAGUGUCUGAAACGUGCGCAGAGGAGAGACAUCGGUCAACAAAAUUAUAGUGAACGACAUCCAUGUACUGUCUGUCAAGCAACUGGAUUAAAUCGAUAUGAAUUUAUAUCAAGUCAAGAACCCAAUCAACUUUGCUCUGAUCCUUGUCUCAAUGUUUACAAAUAUGUUAACAGGGUGAAAGCAGUUGCAUGUUGCUUAUGCUUCCGAGUGUUGAAUGCAGAGGAUGUUGGUAAUUAUCUCUACCAUGGAGGGCAUCAACUAAGAGUCUUCUGCUCAGAUUCCUGCGUUAAUGUUUUUAUCCUCUCUGCUCGGAAAAUUGUUGUUUGUGAUACUUGUAAGGUGAAGAAAUACAACUUUGACAUGAUUCAUCAACAAGUAGAUGAAGAUUUUAGAGAUUAUUUCUACUGUUCAAUAAAUUGCCUUAACUCUAAAGAUGAUAAUUUAGGGAAGAAAAGUGGUGAUAGCAAUGAUGUUUCAACAAGCAGCACUACCGGAUCAAAUAGUACUGAAGCACCUGUUGCUUCUUGCAACAUGUGCAAUACUAUGGCUAAAGCUCAGUACCAUAUGGUCAUGUCAGACAACACACUACGGAGCUUCUGCCGUUAUGCCUGUGCUACCAAGUACAAAAACACCUAUGGAUUCCAAGUAAAUGGAAUACAGACAUCAGACUCAUCUCAGUCUACUAAUUCAAUAUCAUCUAUUAGAACAAAAGCUACAAAUCAACCAAGCAACAACUUACCGCAGGGCUCAGACUCAGUUUUACAAACGAAGAAGAAAGCAGUCAAUGAUAUUUCUCUAGACAGUAUCAAUAGAGAUGAACAGGCACUUCAGAAUUCAGAGCUACCUUCCGUAACAUCUGAGUUAUUAAAAUUAUUAAUCCCUCCUACAAUGGUGAACAAAAUGACAUCUUGUCGUCCUAGUACACUUACAAAGGGUGUAUAUUGCAAGCCACAUCCGUGGCAUAGACAGACCCAGACAGAAUCGUCUGGAAUUAACUGUAGUCUCUUUACAUCGGAGCCACCGCCUAUUCUCCCUGUGCCUAUUCCUGUGUAUGUUCCAACUCCAAUGAUGAUGUAUAAUGCACCAUUUCCUGUCCCAAUAUUUGUUCCUGUUCCACUGCCAGUACCGAUCUUCAUUCCUACGUCAGCUAAAACAUCAGACGACAUAAAAGCUAUGAUGAAGAAAAUCCAGGAUGAAAUGCCAUCAGAUCCCUAUGAAGCAGAGAUGCUACUUUUGGCCCGUGCAUCUAGCGAGAGUGUAGAACCUGAAGUAAUAAGAGAAGAGCCCAAGAAGUCUGAUGUACCAAAUAUGGGUGAGAAUGCUGAGGAGGGAUGUGGAGAGUUAUCUUCUUUUGACAACUUAACCAUGUAUUCUGGUGGAGAUGAUAUAGAGCAAGAUGAUUUGAGUUGUGCAGAUGUAUCAUGUCUCAACACUAUAGAGGAAGAUCUGCCUAGAUACCCUUUGAGAUUGUUUGCAGAUGAAGUUGAAGCCGCGUCCAACUGCAGUUCAGUAGCAAAUGACAUUGAAUCUCAAAAUGAAAACAAGGGUAAACGACAAGCUUCUAGUGAUGGGCCAGGAAGACCCAGGAAAAGGCUCCGUCGUUCCGACAGCAGUGACUCUCAGUCUAUGUCUGAUCCCGAUGAUCCUGAACCAGAACCUGAACCCGAGCCCGAGCCCGAGCCUGAGCCUGAGCCUCUUUUGGAGGAGGAGUAUCAGGGCCCAUAUCUUAAUAAAAUGUAUGGUCUGGCGGCAUGGAAGAGCUGGGUAACAGGAAAGAAUGCAGAGCUGGCAGGAGUCUCUUCCUCUCGCACUAUGAAACUGGUCUCAGAGGACUUGCUUUCUAUGAACUGUGACGAACUCAACUAUGCCCUCUGUCUCUUCCUCAAAGAUCUGAGGAAACCCAAUGGGGAAGCCUACCAGCCAGAUACCAUCUUUUAUCUACUACUCGGCAUUCAACAGCACUUAUUCGAUAGUUCAAGAACAGACUGCAUCUUUAUGGACUUUGGGUUUGAAAAGUUUACUAACAGCCUUGAUGAAAUCACCAAAAAGUUUUUAAAUCAGUCACCAUCUCCAGGUGUUUUGUCACCAGAUUCAGUUGGGAUCACCAGAAUAACUGAAACAAUGUUGUGGGAAUGUAGGCAGCUUGGUGCGCACACCCCACAAGUUCUGCUUAAUACACUCUUCUAUUUUAAUACAAAAGUUUUUAAACUCAAGACUAUUGAGGAGCAUCAAGCCUUGUCUUUUGCACAAAUAGUGAAACAUUUUAGACGGUCAAAUGUUGGGGAGGAAGGUUCAGUCACAAGGACAACUAUGCUUAAAUUUUACCCCAAGAAAUCUCUGGAAGAUGAGAAAGCAAAGAGAAAUUAUGAAAUGCAUGAGAAUAGAGAUGACCCUCUGAGAUGUCCUGUCAAGUUGUAUGAAUUUUACAUUUCUAAGUGCCCUGAGAGCGUGCGCAGCCAGCGAAGCAUGUAUUAUGUUUACCCUGAAAGAUCCUGUGUUCCUGACUCCCCAACCUGGUUUUCAACUCAGGCUAUACAAGCAGCUACCGUCUCUAAAAUGUUGCACCGUGCACUUAUGGUGAGGGAAGUACAGGAAGCAUUAAUGGAGUAAUGACAUUCCAAGGAUGAGGAGAGUUUUGUGUAUAUGCAAAUGACUGAUCUUUUUUAAAUACUGUAUAUGAGAACAAUUUUAAGAUUUUCUGAUGUGCAUUGUAAUUGGGCAUUAUGGCUAUCCCUGAAAAAUGGAAUUUCAUAAAAAUCAACAUUGGAUCUCAGAUAUAAAUAAAUCCUUAUUAUUUAUGAGAAGAUUUUAAAUGCGUACAAGGCAAAGUGUUUUAUAAAUGUUUGGAUGAUAUUAUGCCAACUACUUUUUAAGUUGAAUACAGAUUUAAAAAAUUUAAUUUCUUAAAUUUUAUUUGCAGUUAUUUUGGGUUCAGGAACACAGUUUUAAUUGUGCUUUUCACUACUUUGUUGGCAGAAGCCUCCACACUGUAUAGCUUGGAAAUGUAGAAGUAAUAAUACUGUAAAAUAAAAGUAAUUUUUUAAAUAUAUUUGCUUGAGAAAAUGAGGGUGUGUAUGUGUGUAUGUAAAUAGGUGGGAGGGGGGAUUGGGAUGUGUUUAAUGUGGUUUUUUGCUUUUUAGCCAUAUACCAGAAAUGCUAAAUUUCCCCCAAAAUAUAGUUUUCAAAUACACAGGAUAUGCAAAAGUUUAAUAUUUAUGAAAAUUAUUGUUAAUUAAACUUAAUCUAUACAGUGGAUUCUAGUGCACUAAAUUUUCCAUUGCAUCCAUUUCAUCUGACAAAAACCAAUUCAGAAUAUUUCUAUUGCAUCAAACGUUAAUUUAAACUGGAUUAUCUUUUAGCGGAUUUCACUGUACUAAUGUUUUGCACAAUAUAGUUAAUAUAGCCUUAUAUUAAUAUUAUAUGGCAUCAAUAAAAUAUGUACAUUUUUGUAAUGGGCAGAAUUAUUUAUUUAGAUUAUAGCAAAAAUUUAAUAUAAGCUCUAUAAUAAUAUAUAAAAUGUCUGCUGCCAUAAUUUUGUUUUUACAGUGAAACCUCUGAAAAUCUGAACCUCAAAAUAAUGAAUAUUGUCUGUACAUUUAAAUAAUGGACUGAUUUUGCUGCUGGAUCACAUAUCAAAAACAUGAAUUUUAGAGCUAAAUUUGUGAUCAUUUGUGUUGAAGUCCAGGCCAUUACACGCAGUAAUUUCAUGCAAAUGCAGUGGUAUUUUUCCGCAAUUUGUAGCAUUCUUGAAAUUUUAAUAUUUAAUAUUGUUAAAAUAUUAUUUUUUACAAUAAAAUUUUAAAUAAACUUGUGGUGCCAUUUAAAUGGUACAAUGCAGUUAGUUUGGACUUCAUUUUGUGUUUAUGGCCAUGUGAAACCCCCACACCCUGGACAUGUCGAGUACUUUUCUCUGUGCUGCUAGCAUUUAUAAGGUUUUUGAUACAGUUCAUUUUCCUUUUGGUAAGAAUUAUUUGUGAUUGGAAAAAGGUGCCUGCUAGCACGAGCAUUAUGAUUCGACCAGGAAAGAACAGGAAGAGGCACCAUAGCUUUGAUGAAAAGGUUAUAUUUACUGUAUAUUAAAAAAUGGUUAUAGCACUUGAGUAAAGAUCAAAGCUCAGGUAUUGUCACUUAGACAUUUCUAUCAUUAAAAAAGUCAGAGAAGACAAUUUUUUUUGGGGGGGAGGCUGAAAAAUUCUCAGGGGCUCAAAUAUUAAUGAGUUUGGUCAAGCAGUUUACAAAUACAGUGUUGUUACCCACAAAAUUUUGUGUGUUCAUUAAGGUAAGUAAAAAAAUCAGCAUUUACCAUUUUUUUUUUGAUAUAAGUAAAUAAUAUAUAAACAUCUGGUAUGUUUAUAUAUUAUUUAAAUAAAUAUAAAGGUACAGUAUGUUAUAUUAACAGAACUACAGUAAAUUUGCUGAUAAUUAGUAAAAAGGGUCAAAUGCAACUCCCUACAUUUAGAUUAGUUGUUAAUCUGGACCAAUAUGAUCUGGAUUUUAGAGAUGCUACUCUAUAAAAAUGUGGGAUAAUUUAUUUUACUUUUUUUUUUUUAUUUUACUAAAUUAAAUAAAUGCAAUACUUUCAAUGUAUAGAAAUAAUUGUCACUAUUUGCCCCCCUCCCCAAGUCAAGUUCUGCAUGUUCAUCUUAUUUGGCGAAGUGAGUUGUCAACUAGAGCUUUCUUGUGUUUUGGCUAAAAAGCAUAAAAUAAUCAGGACUAAACAAAGUGGAGCAAGACAGAAUAUUCACAAUACUGUGUUUAGUUUAGGUGGAAGUAGAUGGUGAGGACCCAGUUAAAUGCAUUGAUGAGUGGAAGUGACAUAAGAGAGACUUGUUCAGAGUCCAGGUAGUGAGCAAGAGGAUGAGUUAGUGCAGACCAGGUCCAUAAACAUCUUCGCUUGUACACACGACGAGGAAAUAAGUCGGAGUCAUUGCAGUUAACAAUUAAAGCUGGAAGUCUAGGACCCAGGCAAAUAAGCUCAUCAAACAAAUUAUUGUAUAUAUAUAGAUUUUCACUUUGAUAUGUACUUGUGAAGAGGAUUUAAUAUAUCUUGCAAUUUGAAAGUCAUUACAACUUUUUUAUUAUUUUAUUAAAUGAAAAAGGAACAUAUUUAUGUAUUUGUAACUGUAAAAGCAAAGAAUGCUGGUUUUCUUACAGCAGCUGUAACAAGUUUAAAUGUUACUAAUUAUGACCACCAAUUUAAGGAGUUUUUAAUGGCACUGAAAGGGGAAAUUUAUUUGAUGUAUAAAUAGUAAUAGUGUGCUAAAACAAUCAUAAAUCAUUUCUAUAUUUUGUAUAAACUGUAUUUACUGUACUGUUAAUUAUGUUUGUAGUCUGUCUCUGAAUCUUUUCACUUUUAUAGUUUUUUUUUAUAUGACUUUAAUUUUUUAUGCAUUUGUACAUAGGUCUAGCAAAACAAGUUUUUUGUUUGACUGAAGGUGCUUUAUGGUUGCCAUAUACUUCGAUAUACCUAGUGGAGAUUAACUAGGCUCUGAAAUUGAAAAGCCCUUCUAUCUUAUUCUUCUAUCCUGAAUGAAUAACAUACAACAACUGUUACUUUCUGAAAUCAGUAAGAUUACAUUUGAUAAUUUACCAAAAUACUGAUAAGAUUAGGUACAGUUGUUUAUUUUAUAAAUAUGUGUAUGUGUCAUGAACAGGUGUUUUGCUUUAGGACACUUUGUUUGGUGGUUCAUAUUUAUUUAUAAAUAGUAAGAUGAUUAAUGGUACUCAUUUAUAUAAUAAACAUUCAAGAUUCCAUGUAUUGUUUUGCAUAUUUUUUUUGUAAGACUCCAUUCAUUUUAUAUGCAAAUAUAAGUUCCAUAAAAUAAUUGUCAUCCAUUUUUUAAGUUUGUAAGGCUGGAUGGAGCAAAGUAUGCUAAUUAAAGAAAGUGAUGAAACAACAAUAAUUGAAUAAGCAUCAAUUUUCAAGACUUAGUGUAUUCAAGGGGAGAAAAAGAUUGCUUUCAAAUGUGAUGUAAAAGUGGCAGGUCAAAUAAUAUACUAGUAGUUUCUAGUUGUAAUUUUUAUCUGGUGAAUUAACUAGCAGUUGAUAAAAUACCUAUUGAAAA